GCUGUCCAGGCACAUCAUAUCGUUAGCCCCUGGCACUCGGUGCCAGCUCGUCGAACUCGCCAUGGAGCCUGCAGUGAAGGCGCCCCAUCUUCCGCUGCCCCAGCUGGCCGCGGCGCCGCUUCAGCUGCCGAUGCAAGCUGUUCCUGGAGGACGUCAGCAGUGGGGCAGGAAUCAGCGGAUCCUGCUCGGGUUUCUCCCGGCCAUCUGGCUUCGCAGAUGCAAAAUCUGCCGACAGCAAAGGGUGCGGAUGACAGAGAUGCCGUCGAUGGACAUGAAGAUCAUGAAGGUUGACAAAGAGCGGUCGAUGAGCUUCAGCACAGCAGAACAGUUUCUGGGCAUUCAGCAGUUGCAUCCCUUCCAGUGGGAAAUAGCACAAGCAGCUCUUGAUGGGAAGGACAGCUGCGUUUACAUGGCCACGGGCACUGGGAAGUCGUUGUGCUUUCAACUGCCUGCAGUGGUGUCUGGAAAGGUGGUGCUUGUGGUGAGCCCUUUGAUCGCAUUGAUGAAGGAACAGGUUGAGAAAUUCAACGAAAGAGCCAAACAGCAAGGGUCCAAGAUGAAGGCGUGCUUCCUGGGAUCAGGCCAUGAAGAUGUUGAACGCAGAUUCCAGAUGGAUGAAGCAGCAGUUCGAGGAGAUUUCAAUUUGGUGUACAUCACUCCCGAGAAGCUGACCCAAUGCAGCCAUCUUCUUCUCCGCCUGAGGCCAUUGGUGGAGAAAGGCCGCGUGGCCCUGCUAGCGGUGGAUGAAGCCCAUAGCAUCUCAGAAUGGGGCGGCGAAUUCAGGCCGUCCUACCGGGAGAUCAGCUUCUUCCGUGAGGAUUUUCCGGAGGUGCCGAUUAUGGCGUUGACGGCCAUCAAGACACCUGACGUCAAGGAUGACAUCAACAAUUACCUCCAGCUCAGGGGCCCAAAGGUUGCCGUGGGUUCGGCCUACCGCCCCAACCUGGUCCUCAAACGUUCUCAGCCGCGGGGCUUGAAGCGAGAUUUGGAGCGCAUUGCUGACGAAGUGUGCAGAGAAGGCGAUAGAGCCAUCAUCUACGUGAAACGCCGCAAGGAAGCUGAAGAAGUGGGCGCCAAGCUGAAGGAAUUCUUGAAAUUUUCCGACGUAACGGUCGGAAUCUAUCACGCCAAGAGAGAUCAAAGGCAGCGGGAUGCCGCACAUGAUGACUUCUCUGAUGAAGGGGACCACAUCAUGGUGGCGACAGUCGCUUAUGGCCUUGGCAUCGAUUUCCCCAAUAUCCGCAGGGUCUACCAUUUGGCCGCUCCCGCUCUGGUGGAACAAUACUUCCAGCAGAUUGGCCGCGCUGGCCGUGAUGGGAAGCCUGCAGUCUGUGAACUGAUUGCGUCGGAUUCAGAUUUCGUCAAACCACACAGGUCACCUGUCCAGCUGGAGGUUUGGGAGAAGAAAUCUUUUGAGUGCAUGCGCAACUUGAUUUACAGUCCUGAGUGUCUUUGGAGCACUCUCUUGAAGUACAUGGGCGAGGAGCCUCCGUUUGGAAGCCGCUGUGGGAACUGCGAUGUUUGCAGGGCUCAGGAGAAGCUGUAUGAUGCUACUUGCGCGGCCGAAGUGUUCUUUGAGGCGGUGGAUCUCUUUGUAACGCGCCACAAGCCUGAGUCUAUGACGAACAUCUUGGCGCUAAUUUGUAACAAAAAAAGCUUCCAAAAUCGCUUCAAAGGACAAGAAGAGCAAAAGCUUGCAGUGGCAUUGGCAGAGAAAUGUAAAGGGAUGGGACUUCUGGCGCAGACCAAAAUCACCGCCUUUUACAAGGGCUUGGUUCCAUUGCUGGUGAAUGAUGGCUACCUGCGCCGACGGCCGAUGAGUUGCGGACCGUGGCAUACCCGCCGUCACUAUGAAGUCUAUCUCUUGACAUCCAAAGGCAGCAAAGUUUUACAUGCUGACUGCGAGGUUCGCUUACAAAUUCCUCCCUGCCUUCACGAUGUCUUGCCGGCGGCAUGAUUUUUUUUUUUCUCCCAGGGUCUGGCACUCCUGAGAUACCAGCUUGCACUGAACAUGAAUUCGCCUUGGUGCGGUCGAUUGUUUACAAAUUUGAUGAUUGUGCCAUUUUGGCCACGCCAUUUUGGCAAUGCCUCGAGUCAAUGCCCAUCAAUUAAUGACGUCAAGGGAGUUGUCAAGCGCCGAACGAUAAAAAAAA